UUUCCGUGUAGCGUGUGCAUGUACGUGUGCGGGCGCAUGUGAACCUGAAUGGAGCGCGUAAGUGUCGGGCUGGUGGAGAAGACAGCUCUGCGCAGGACGGCAUAUACAGUAUGAACGGUGUCCGAAUGCCUUUGGGUCACGAAUGAAACUGGGAAUUUGCUGGUCCCGUCCGUCCCACGAACAAACUGGACCAGGACAUUUCACAUUCCCUGCAUCAUGUCUACGGGCGGCGCAAACAAACCAGGCAAAUUUCAGGCGGAGGACAAGGGCAGACAGCGGACAUUUCUGUCUUUUCUCUUUUACCAGGCGGUGCGGGAUCACAAGCCCGUGUGGAUGCUGGAAGACAUGCGGACCAUGGAAACGUUCUAUUGGGAAGAGAACACCAAUCAGAGAACGUACACACCAUCCGAAGCCCUGCUGUACGCCAUAGUGCACGACCACCAGCCGUACGCGCAGUACCUGCUGAGUCACUAUUCGGAGGAGGCGCUGGACAUGCCAGGUGAGCGCUUCUGUUGCUGCGCGUCCUCGGCGCCGCACCUGGCGAUGGCUGUCAGAUACGACAGAAGGGACAUACUGAGUCUGAUUCUGCAGGUGGCCCACCGGCUGCCCGCUCUCCGGUCAUAUCUGAACCGCGGAGGCUGUUUUCAUAUGGAGGACGGCAGAACCCCGCUGCAUCUGGCCUGCGAGCUUCUGCGCUCGGAGGCAGUCAUUCUGUUGCUGGGCAACGGCGCCUCGCCCCAGGCCGAGGACAACAAUGGCAUGACGCCGCUGGACGUCAUUUUGGAGCAGCUUUGGGAUUCCAAGGUCAACGUGGGAGCGAAAAAACUGUGCUUGGACAAUCUGCUGCUCUUCAUGCCCGAGAUACGCUUCAAAAUGAAGGGAUCCCUCCAGAAAGACCCCGUGUGUUGGUCAAAGGUUCUCGGAGAAGACAAAUUCAACCACCUCGUCGGGAAGAAACCGGCUCCACUGUUUCUCAUAGCUAUGCAAAAAAUUCUUCUCAUGCUGCCUCCGGAGCAGUUUCUGAAAUGCCUGCAUGAACUCCCAAUUCCGACCUCGCUAAAGCCGCUCCCCGUGUCCUGCAAGCCGCAGGGACGGCUACAGGUGCUCUAGAGUAUUUUAACAUUUUACGAGUUUUUAAAUAAUUUAUGAAUUACUGAUGAAUUUAUCUAUUUAUUGACUGUUCUUGCAUGGUGUGGGCUCGUCUGUGAAGCACGUUAUAUAUACUGUACGUUUAUAGUGAUUGUAAAGAGAGAAUGCUAAUCCUCUUGAAAAAAGUAAGUCGCGUCAUCAAAGAGAGAGAAAAGCAAUAUUGUACAACAGUGUCUGGAGACCGAUUAUGAAGUAUUAGAAUGUAUAACAAGUUUUCUUUUAUGCAGGAAUCUUUUAUUUUGUAAAGCCAGUUAUCUAAUUACAGCAUAGAAACGUUUUAUAUUUAAAUAUGUACUUAUAUAUUUUAAGAUCAA